CCUCCAUUCGAGUACCACACAGGUGGUAGACUUCAGUAGCCACAGGCACUGUCACGGGUUCGCAUCGCGAGCGCGACUCUUCCCGCGGUGGUCAUCAGUUCUAUUUUGUUCGCCUGGUUCCAACCAGAUUCGCUCUCCCGUGACGUCGUCGUCGUUGCCGUGGCCGUCGCCGCGCCGCGUGCCCUCGUUUGUGCAAAUCAAACGCGCGCGCGUUCACGAGGAGUGUUGCAUGCUCGCUGCCAAAUACGCCUCAAUCCAGUAAGUUGCGCGUCGCGCUGUCGAUCCCAUCCCAUGUGCUGCUGACGAUUGCAUCUACCUAACUGGUCGCGGCGGGUGAAGCUAUGUGAGCCGGAGUGAAACAUCAUCCCAACCGUACUUGUAAAUUACGGAAAAAUUAUGGCAAAACAAAUCCGCAGUAGGUCGCCGCAGUGAAUCUCCCGGAAGUUCUGUGCAAUUAGUGAAACACGUUUCAUAUUUUUUUGACAAGAAGAUUGUCGCGGAAUGCAUUAAACGUUACCAGUGAGAGUGACCACCGAAAAUGAAUACUCCAGUGACCGCGUGAUAGCGGCGAAGACCGCGACAGACGAAGAAAUGUUUUUGCGCAACCGAAAAACGAACCCACGCAACACAGCAACCAGAGUUGAGUACAAUGCGGGAAUAAUGUUAAUCAAAUGCUUCGCCAUGUUUACGCAAAAUCUCACGCAACGGUUCUAAUUUCGGCAAACGAAAUUCGAUUAGUGGAUUACUGCAGUGUACACGGGGUCACCGCGACAGCACAGGUGCGUGUCGACGGGUUCUGUUCUAUGUGGUUUGCGUGAGCAUUUUUCCGAAAUUAGUUUUUGCAGUCCACGCGUACAGCUCAGUCGAUCGGAAUUUGCAUCCAAUUAUAGCGAAUUGACGGUACGGGAGAUACAUCCAGUGAGUGACGGGAAACAGCGAUUGCAUCGAACGAGACGGAUUAGACGCGCAAUUGCCACGAUAAUAGCAAAAGACAACGCCCUGCCCCACAGGAGGAUAACAAAACACAUUACUCCGUCGUCAUCGCCGCCAUUCCACGCUGACCUACUUCUUUCGGUCGACCACCACGGAACAAAAGUGCGCGCAACAAAGGGCACUACCCCACCCCGGUUAAUAAUGCUGACGGGCAACAAUGGCAGCCAUCGCGCCCAGUAUCUACGCCGCCAUCGUGACCUGUCUGGGAUUUGCGUGCUUCGCGCUGAGUGCCACCGCCGUCGGACUGCCCGCGUGGGGACACUUCCGAAACACCGAAGGUUACGAGGACCAGGGCUACUUCGGACCGUGGCGCACCUGCCGCCUGCUGUCGUAUAGGUACCGCGAGAAAUGCGGUGCCGAAGUGUCCUACUUUCGACCUUCAGAUGCCAUCUAUGUAGCCGGUCUGCUGGCCACGUUCGGCUGCAUUGCAUUCGGAUUCUAUUGCAUACUGUGCAUACUGCAAAUCGCGAUGAUUUCGUCCCGCGAAAAGGUCGUCCUACGAUACACCACUCUAGUCGUUGUGAAAUUGCUGCUGGCGUUGGUUGGAACCGUUCUAGCGCUGAUUGCGAUCAUCAUUUUCGGUGUGACAACGGACAACAACCAGAGGGAGUUUCAAGUGACCCGUGGUGCUCCGUUCUAUGUCCAGCUGACGGUGGCAGUGCUUGCCAUUUGUCUUGCCAUGUUGGCCAUUUACGAUCUGAUACUGGCUCGAAAGCCCGGCGGGGAUCCAACGAUGCUACCAACGGUGUCCGGCCAAAGUGGCCGGUCCACCCCGACGACGGUAGUUAAUCCAGGCUACCGAGAUACGCCCCGGGGGAAAGGUAGUCGAAUCGGGAUCUCAGUAACGGAUUCGUCCGGUCGGCCGUAUUCCGGCAGUAGCGGCACCGUUAGCGGCAGUGUCCAAUCGAUGAACACCACCGUGACGUCGGUGUCAGCCUCGACGGUUAGCACCACCCGGACCCCGUUACGGUCCAGCCUGAAGAAACCACGACCGCCGGGAAGUGCCGACGCCCUGGGCAUUCAAAAUCCAGGCUAUUCCGGUUCCAACCAGUCUCCGCGGCUGUCGCGGAACGGUAGCGUCAAAAAGGUCCGCAUUCAAACGCACGACACCGAAGUGUAGCAUAAGUAGGCGAGGCGUUUCCACGGAAACGAAAUAAGUAGUGCAUUUUCCACACUAUGUAGACUAAUCUCGGGUAAUUAUCCAGAUGUAAGAUAGCGAACGGUUUCCCUCUAACUAGAUGAAUAGAUUUCAUUGAUGAGCUUUGCCAUUGGACUCGCUCGUACAUGAAUAGCUAGUAGAAUGUGAAGGUCAGUCCGCCCGUGUUUUACGGAUACGAUCGUAUAGCUUUUAUAUAAUUAUUUAUAUAUUCAUAUACAAACACAUCACGACCAUAAAUCAAAACUCGUCUAGAGUGCCACUAUGUCGUCGAAUGCUUACAAACUUAGCUAUUAGCACCAAUUCACUGUAGUUCUAGUUCGUAAACGAUAAUUUAUCAGAAGCUAAUUUUUACGAGGCACUGUCUUCUCGGUUUCGAGAACAGUGAGUCUGCAACGAGGCAGCUUGUUACAAAACCAUAACGAAAUGUACAAAACACCCAUCUCAGCUUGUAGCUAUAAAAAGAAAACACAAUCUUCAAUGGUUCGGAUUUGCGGUACACAGUUUGACACGUUUCAGUAAAACGGUUUUUGUCUUUGAUGUGACCAUUUACUAUGAAUUGUUUUAUUAGUUGCUAAAAUCGAUUUUAGUUUAAUAUCCCUUGGACGGCACAUAUCUGCCCUGUUGAUUUACAAUUAUAUUGUUUCCAAAGGAACAAAAAACAAAAUCUGCGAUAAAAUAACGUUGAUUAUUUAUCUUACCUGUUGACAUCACUUAUUCUGUUUUGUUUUAUUUUGAAUUGAAGAAUUUUUCUAAGUUAUGUGAUUUUUUAGCCACUGUUGAAUUAGUUUACUUCGUCAAGUUUGCAAAGACUAUUAUCAUCCAAUCUUGAUACUUAUAAUAGGGAAACAAACUGUCCGGAUAAAUCCGUCCGAAGGUCUAGUGCACCAAAAUAAAAUAUAUUCACGUGAUCGAUUAUCUUUAAUACACCAAUAAUCCUAUUUAACAGAAUAAGUAUUUAUGUAACUUUACCUUAGUAAAUUUCAACAUCCGUCUGAAUCCUUUUCUUUAUCUAGUUGCAUGUUGCAAUAAUUUUCCGUCCAAAAAUAGAAAUAAUCGGAGAUAGCAUUUUUUGUUUUUGUUUUACUGUGAUUAAUCGAUAAGAAAUAAAUCGGCAUCAGAAAACAAA